UUCUGAUAGCAUUUUUCCCUUUUUUUCUUUCCGUCUGCAACUCCUCCUUCAAGCACAUGAGUCGACUUUUGUUUUACCAAUCACUCGGAGAUACGAUGAAGACAGAGAACGACGGCAUAGGCAUUUGUGGAAGGGAAUAAUCUAAAACUCUGCGGUGGAUUUAAUUGUUUCGGCAAGGCAAUGAUGUCUUUGCGAGGACAUGAAGGAUGCGUGUGGAUACGUUUCGCUGUUGUGCUUUGUCUGUGGGACGGCUCUGCAUCUCAGCUAUCCUAUUCUAUUUCUGAGGAGGUGAACAAAGGCACCGUGGUUGGGAACAUUGGGAAGGAUUUGAAUCUCAAAGUACAAGAACUGGAGAGUCGGGAUCUUCGCAUUAUUUCGAGUUACAAAAAGAAAUACUUAGACAUAAAUUUACGGACAGGAAACCUUUUUGUUAAUGAGAGGAUAGAUCGGGAAGAGCUCUGCGCGCUUGAGGUAAAAUGUUCUUUGAAAAUACAAGCUGGCUUAAAUCAUCCAAUGGAUGCGCACCGCAUUGAGGUAAACAUUCAAGAUAUAAACGACAAUUCGCCUUCCUUUGUGGAACAAUUGCAUGUGUUAAACAUUUCAGAAAAUCUGUCUCCGGGGGAGCGGUAUCCUCUCCCUAUAGCAGUAGAUCCAGACAUGGGAAGUAACGCAGUGAAAAGCUACAAGCUCAGUCCGAAUGAACAUUUUUCUCUGGAUGUGCAAAGCGGAGGAGAAAAUGGAGUGUCGGCUGAGCUGGUGCUGAAGAAGGCUUUGGACAGAGAAAAAGAGCCAGUCAUUACGCUCAUGUUGACCGCUGUAGACGGAGGGAAACCACCAAGAUCAGGGUCUCUGGCUUUAACUGUCAAUGUUGUCGAUGUGAACGAUAAUACUCCCGUUUUCAGUCGCUCACUUUAUAAAGCACGUAUCAAGGAAAACGCUAAGCCUGGAACGUUAGUUGUAAAGUUAAAUGCCACAGAUUUGGAUGCAGGAACACAUGGAAAAAUUCGUUACUUUCUAGUCAAAACUGGAAACAUUGAUCCAUCCAAAAUGUUUGAUUUGAAUUCUGAAACGGGUGAAAUAACAGUAAAAGGCGAAAUAGAUCAUGAAGAGACACGUGCUUUUGAGGUUAGAGUUCAAGCAAAGGAUCAGGGUGCAUCUCCCCGAAGCGCACAUGCGAAGUUACUGAUAGAGAUAAUUGAUGAGAAUGACAACGCACCGGAAAUAUCUGUGACGUCACUGAUGACACCAAUAAAGGAAGAUUCAGAACGGGAAACAGUUGUUGCUUUCAUAACAGUGAGUGAUAAAGAUGCUGGAAGUAAUGGUGUAACUAAAUGUACUAUCGUUGGAUCUGCACCUUUUAAACUCAAGUCCAACUACAAAAAUGACUAUUCUCUAGUUGUAGACGGACCCCUGGACAGAGAAAACAUUUCUGUUUAUAAUGUCACCAUUAAAGCUACAGAUGAGGGGAACCCGCCUCUGUCCAGCAUCCACGUUCUUACUGUUCAGGUUGCUGACGUGAAUGACAACGCCCCCAAAUUUACUGAGCCUGUCAUUAAUGUUUAUGUUAAAGAAAACAGCCCAGUGGGUUCAAUUAUUUCUAAAAUAAAAGCUGUUGAUCCUGAUCUGGAAAAUAACGCAAAUAUUUAUUACAAAUUACGAGAAACUUCUCAAGGAAAUGUUCUGACAUCAUCCCUUAUAAAUGUUAAUUCAGAAACAGGAGAGAUAACCAGCCUUCAGUCUUUUGACUAUGAGAAGUUGAAAACAUUCCAGUUCAAAGUUCAGGCCACAGACUCUGGGGUUCCUCCGCUCAGCAGCAACGUGACUGUGAACGUUUUUGUUCUGGAUGAAAAUGACAACAGUCCCUCCAUUCUUGCUCCUUACUCUGAGCACGGCUCCGUUAACAGCGAGAACAUCCCAUAUUCUGCUGAAGCGGGAUACUUUGUGGCAAAGAUCAGGGCUGUGGACGCAGACUCUGGAUACAAUGCACUGCUUUCUUAUCACCUGUCUGAGCCCAAAGGAAACAACCUGUUCAGGAUUGGAACCAGCAGCGGGGAGAUCAGGACUAAGAGGAGAAUGAGCGACAAUGACCUGAAAAGUCACCCCUUGCUGGUGCUGGUUUCUGAUAACGGAGAACCUUCUCUGUCAGCUACUGUGUCUAUUGAGGUGGUGGUGCUGGAAAGCACCGCUGACAUGCAGACUCCGUUCAGACACGUGCCUCUAAAGGAGGACAGCUUCUCGGAUUUGAACCUGUACCUGCUGAUCGCCAUAGUGUCGGUGUCCGUCAUCUUUCUGCUGAGUCUCAUCAGUCUGAUGGCUGUCAGAUGCCACAGGACAGACGGAAGUUUCAGCAGAUACAGCGCUCCAAUGAUCACCACCCACCCUGAUGGGAGCUGGUCUUACUCGAAAGCUACUCAGCAGUACGACGUGUGUUUCAGUUCGGACACUCUCAAGAGUGACGUGGUGGUUUUCCCCACACCGUUUCCUCCUGUAGAUGCAGAACUGAUCAGUAUAAACGGAGCAGACACUUUUACCAGAACUCAGACUUUACCCAACUCAGAGAAGGUAAGACAUUUUUAAAGGAUUUUUGUGUUAAAACAGUGCGUAAAAAGCUUGUUUUUCGUGCUGAUAAUCCUUUGUCAGAUAUACGCACAAUUUGACAGUAUGAUGAAAAAAAUCAAGAAUGAAAGGAUUGAUUCUUAGAGAAGGCGA